CUGGGAACGUUCUCUCCAUCACCGGAAGUCAUUGCUCUGAUCGCGAAACAGUGGGGGUACGUCUCCAACACUCGUUCAUUCUCCCUAACCUCUCGAUUAAUCGAGUGAGUUGUAGUGGUUGAUUAAAUGGCGUCGUUGAGCAGUGUCAGACUGUUGUCGAGGGGCACCGGGUGCAUCAGGGGAAUCAAUGCAACGGGAUUCAGGGCUCGGAGCCAGGCGCUUUUCGCCUCCGCCAACGGAUCCCGACUCAUUCACACGAAUUUCAGGGGGGCCAAGGCACUUCUCGCAUCCACCAAUGUUCAGGGGCCACGAGUCGAGCUGACACGUUUCUACAGUGGUAAACAACCAUUGACACUCGAUUUAAUUCGUGAAAGGGUUCUCUUGGUCCUCAAACUCUAUGACAAAGUCGAUGUGAAUAAGCUGUCACUGGAUUCUCACUUCAUGAAUGAUCUGGGUCUUGACUCUCUGGACCAUGUGGAGGUCAUCAUGGCCAUCGAGGAUGACUUUGGGUUCGAGAUACCCGACGUUGAUGCUGAGAAACUCAUGAAACCCGGGGACAUUGUACGCUACAUCGCUGAUAAGGAGGACAUCUACGAAUAGAGAUUAAUUUCCGACAUUUUUUUUUCAUAAAAAAACCAAAUAAGAAAAGAAUGAUUUGAUAUUAGUGCGCUAUCAUCUCAACUGGAUUCCUUUUUCUUCUGUACAUAGAAUAAAUAAAACGUACGUGUCGUUAGAAUUA